AUGAGUGCGCGAGAAUCUGAAAAGUGGCAUCGCUAUGUCGUUGCCCUGGAUAAUGCUCGAAGUCAAAAUAAAUGGGACGAGGUUCCUGAGCUAAUCCGAAAGGUCUCAAAGCACGCACCUCACAAGACAUGCUUCCUAGAUGUAGCAAAAGCAGAGCACCAAAUUAUUACCCAUUUCCAUAGAACUUCGUCCAACGCCCGUCCGUCCUCUUCCUCGGCCAAUUUACCAGAAUUAAUACCGUCCCUCCUUUCCACGAUCGACCAGGCAGGUGGCUCAAAGCACGAGAUAUUCCAAGCGCAGGUCUGCCUAGGAUGGGUUCACUACACCCUCAAUGAACCGGGAUUGGCUGCGGCUCGCCUUCCAAGGGACUUUAAAAAUGAACUGGACAAUCUGACAGCCACGGGGGAGGAAUUGUCGCCGUGGACCAGAGUCUGCUUUGCCAAAGGCUGCUACAUUAAAGGUGCUGCACAGCAUUCGGUUUCGGGCCCUCAGGAUGCACUGCAAACAUUCAAUUCUCUUGCCCCUUGGCUCGGUAGUACAAGCCUGGCGUCACCAUCCAGUCAAUUCCAGUAUUGGACCGAGAAAAUCCAGGCAGAUGGCGCACUCAUUGCUGGCGAUGAAGUCUGCAAGAAUAUCGACGAGGCUAGUGCUGAACUCGUCAGCAUUGCUCUAAGAUUCUUCCGGGCAUGGGCCUCACAUCCCAACGUCAAGUCAGAUGCGCCUUCCCAUGGCCUGCAAGCUGAAAACUCAUCUGAGCCCGUCCCGAAAUCCUCAAUCUGGGGGUCCUACUAUGACCUCCUGUCUGCCAUUCUCCUGCAUGAUUUGCCAUAUACUGGAUCUGUGGAUGGCCCUGGGCGGCCGCAGCUUGCCAGCGAAAUACGACGAGUAGAGAAAAUUUGCGAGUCUAACCUUCUUCGUGAUGUGAAAUUCCCUACAGCUGAUCAUGGCAACGAAAGGGUGGAGGAGUGGGUAGAACAGGUUAUCCAGAACUGGAAGAAAUUAUGUGGUCCUCAGUGGCACGACGAGGAGCUGGGAGAAGGUGGCCAAACUGCUUUGGGCGGAAAUGUUCUUGAUAUCCUUUACCGUGCUGCGACCCGCACGUACCAUUCCUUUCUUAUUCUCAAGCGUCUCUUCCACGUUCACUCAGCAUUGUCGGAGUUCGAUCUCGCCUUCAAAGCGCUCGACUCAUAUAUAGAAAUCGUCAUGGGAGCUAAAGAGAGAGCAGAGAAAUCUGUACCCAAUGAGGAGUUAGAGAAUGAUGGUGUUUUCAUGCGAACACUUUCAGAGGGAGUGACCAUUCUAUGUUGCUAUGGCUCAGAGAAAGCUGCAGAGAAGGCGAAGGAUCUCAUCGCCAUUUUGAAAACGUUUAUCAGCAACCACGUCACAGAUCACGAGGAGGGUCAGGAAAGGAGAAUGGCACUCAAUUCUCACAAUGUCUCGCCAACUGACAUUAGCAGCGCCUACCGUGCCGUUGGUGUUGGUCUCGCCAACUGGGCAAAUUGGACGACAGUGAACGAAGAUCGCGAUGACAUUCGAGCUGAAGCCAUUGAGAGUCUAGAGCGGAGCAUUGCGCCAGAGCUCAGUGAUGAGUUCAAUUAUUCGUCCCUCUACACACUAGCUCUGCUCUUAGCGGAGAAUCGUGAUCUUGAUGCUGCAAUUGACUAUGUCAAGUCAGCGUUAUCGUCAAGCAAAGACCAUGAAGCCCCGUCGUCUAAUUUCGGCCGAGAACGAGAUUUGAUAUCAUUGUGGCAUCUUCUAGCGUUGCUCCUGAGCGCGAAACAGGAGUUUGACAUUGCGGAACGCUCCUGCGAAGCUGCAUUUGAACAAUUCCCGGCUGCGGUUACUUCACUGGCCCACUCUGACAGGCGGCCACCAAAACAGCAGCCGAGCACGCAGGAACAAAAGAAACUGAGGCAUGCGCUGAUUGAUCAAUUACGCAGUCGUGAAAAGGAGCGCAUAAUUGAGACUCGCGUGACCCAACUCGCGUUUGUGGAGGUUUUGGAAGGCCCCGAGGCUGCCCUCAACCAUAGCGACCAACUUCUUGGCCUUUUCGGUACUCUAUUCCAAAGUUUAAACCUAGAGUCUGAGCCACGGACGAACACAAAGCCAGAUCAACUUCUACGACCGAAAAGCUCAUCCGGUACUGUAAGGAGCUUCCGUGGCAGCAUCUUUGGACGGCACAGAGCUUCUCGCACUCCGGACCAAAAGGUCGUCCCAAGUGGUGAACCCAAGUCUGACUCUCCACAUCAGUCAUUGCCUUUAAAUCAGCCCCCAAAUUUUGAUGGCGCGCCUGCUAUACAAGUGACAGACGAGAAUGAACCAAGCGCUGGUGAUAGCCAUGCUCCUCUGGGAAGAUCCGAGUCACGGAAAGUGCGCAAGCGUGGCAGUACUCUGGGGAGGUCAAAUGCCACCCCAGACCAGAACUCGGGACCUGUCAAUGGCGACGGCGCAGGUCACUAUGGGUCAGAUAUUGGCGAGCCCAAUGGGCAUUACUGCGAACAAGAGGUCCCUAGCCCAGAUACCGUGCGUAGUGCAGUCUCACAAGCUGCCAAUCAACCACAAAGCGCAAAGCAGACGUUGGACCCCAUCGCACACAAUGUCAAACUUUCGCACCUGGAGCCGCCUAUUGGCCAUGAAAGCCAGCCUCCCGAGCAAGAUAUCCGGCUACCAACAUCUUAUGGGUUUGAGUCGCCAGCAGGGGCGCUGACCAAGUUCCCACAAAAUCAAACCCAGAAAUAUGCCCUAUGUGUUCUCGUGAAGGUAUGGUUGCUCAUUGCUGGGCUUUACCGACGGGCUGCGUCGUUUGACGAUGCCGCUGAAGCGUGCGAAGAAGCUUCUAAGCACCUGAAGCGGAUAGAGACCCUCACAGCGUCCCAGGAUGUCUCUGCUCGAUCAUUCCGUGAGCGCGGGUGGGCCACACCAAAAAGCUCCGACGAACUUUGGGCUGAUGUCUAUGCCGAGCGGGGCUUGUUGUUGAACGCCCAGUCGCGUCCUCAUGAUGCGAUGGAGCAUUUUGAAGAAGCGCUACUUUACAACGCCGACCACCCGAAGGCCACCAUUAGCUUAGCGAACCUUCUCCUCGAUAUUUGGGACCAAAAACUUCCUCUGCAGCCUCCGGGGCCCGGAGUGGAGACAGGUUUGUCGACGCUUCCAGUCAAGAAGUCAAACGAAAGCAGGCGCCUCAGCAGAUCGGGGCUCUCCGAUGUACCCAAGCCAAAGGUUGAAGCCUCGACUCCUACCACGGAGGGUGAAGAGCCCAAGCUGAUCAACCGUAUCGCCGCGCGGGAGAGAGCUUACUCCUUGUUAUCGACCUUGACCAAACGCGGAACCUCCUGGGAUAAUUCUGAAGCUUGGUUUGCCCUUUCGCGCGCGUACGAGGCUGUUGAUCAAACACAAAAACUAAAAGAGGUCUUAUGGUGGUGCAUUGAACUGGAGGAUCGGCGACCUAUCCGACACUGGUCUAACAUCGGAUCCGGUGUAUAUGUUCUAUAA